UUCACCUUGGUUGCCAUCGCUGGUUUAACAUACAAGGACCCUCCGAAGAUGUACCAACUAUUGAGUGGUGUGGGAUCUGGAGGGGCUCAAUCCCGUACGAUGUACGAGUACUCCGACACACUGCUGGCGACUGGCAAUAAUGAAGGCCGGAUUGAGAGUAUCGGGCAGCACCUGAUCUGCUUUGCCGGAAGUGUGCUCGCUCUUGGUGGCCAGUUGAUCGACAACCAGGCCCACUUUGAGACUGGUCGGAGGUUUGCUAAUAGCUGCGCUUGGACGUACGAAAACGCACCCAACGGUAUUAUGCUUGAGCUUUUGCGGAUGGAUCCUUGUCCAUCACUGCGGGAGUGUGAGUAUCUGCCUAGUGCCGGUGCGACAUCAAAACCAAGCCCAUUAAGUGAGAUCGGAAAUAGUCGAUAUGUCCUGAAAAUGUUCCAGGAGACCGACAACAACACUCGGACGAAGUUUGCCAAAGCUGCGAAUUGCGAUAUCAUGAGCCUGCCUGAGGAGGACGAUAAUAUGGAGAUUGUAUGGAUGGCAAAGAGGUUGAAGUACUUUCACGUCAUCUUUGAUGAGCCGAGUCGUAUCAGCCUGGAUGAUUUUAUUGUUGACACUGACGUGCAUCCCUUUCGGAUACUGUUCUGGUCCUGUCACCCGAUGAGGUGGCUUGCACCUGAGACGAACCUCGUAACUGGCAUAGAAUUACAUGUAUACUCAUCUCGCAUCUGGAUCGCCCGAAAUUACACCUGUCAAGACCAUUUCUAA